AUGUCUGAAAGUACAACAAUUAAAGGUAUUAAACAAUCUAUUAAAGAUAGAUUCCCAUCAAUUACACAGGCAUCUAUCUUCAAUGGAACAGAAAAUGGAAAUGUCAAUAAAAAUAUUCACAGGGGGUGGAAGCGUAUAUUAGACGCCCAGAAAGAUAGCAAAUACAAAUAUUUUAAUAUUAGUCCAGAAAGUAAAGAAAAAUAUUUCAAUCCAAAUGUAAGAUUAUUAGAAGAUUCUCCAUUAGAUUUGAAUUUAAAAUAUAGAAUUUGUAAUAAAUGUGGUAAGCCAUUAAGUUCUGAUUCAAUAAUUGAUCAUUUGGAAAAAUUUUGUAAAGGAUCAGAUAGAGAUUUAAAAGAUAAGAAUAAUAAACCUUUUUUAAAGAAAAAUCAUAAAGUCCAUAAGAAAAAUAAAAAGUCCAAAAUUAAUGGUAUCAGUGAUGACGAUGAUGAUGAUGAUGAUGAUGAUGUAGAUGACGAUGACGAUGAUGUAGAUGACGAUGACGAUGAUGAUGAUGAAGACGAUUAUGAUGAUGAUCGAAAUGGUAAUAGCGAUGAUAGCUCUAGUAGCAAAAAUGAUCAUAUAAAAAAGAAACAUUCUGGAAAUAAUAAUAGGGUUCGUAAUAUAAUGGAUGAUGAUAGUGAUGAUGAAGAGUUAAGCUCCGUAGAUGACGUUGAUCUUGAUGUUAGUCUAACCAAAGAUGGCGAUGCAAGCACUAAUAAUGCAGAAGAUCUAAGUGAUAAAAAUAAUGCAAAUGGUAAAAAUAAUAAUGAUGAAGAUAACAACAAAGACAACAAUAGUAAGAAUUCUGAUAAGUAUAACGAUAAUAGUAACGAUAAUGGUACUGAUAGUAAUAAUAAUAAUAACGGCGGAAACAGUAGCAGUAAUAAUAAUAAUAAUGAUAAUAAUAAUAACAACAAUAACAAUAACAAUAAUAAUAAUAAUAAUAAUAAUAAUAAUAACAGCAGUAAUAAUAAUAGUAAUAAUAGCAGUAAUACUAAUAAUAACAGCAAGAAUAAGAAUAAGAGAAAUCCUAUCGACGACAAUUUGAAAGAAUUACAAUCGCCUAAUAAGAAACAAAAAGUUUCUGAGCAAAGCACUCCAAGUAAAAAUAAAACUGAUAUUGUGGAGAACGAUACAGAAAAUGGCAUCUCAUCGAACGUUACAAGAUCAGAUUCAGUGUCUGCAUCUAUUCCAGGUACUACUAGUGCAAAUGGAUCUAAGAAAAGCCAAAGAAAAGUCAAGCAAAGAAAUCCAACCGAAAAACAUUUAAUUGAUUUUGAUAAGCAGUGUGGUGUUGCUUUACCAGAAGGUGGGUACUGUGCAAGAUCUUUAACAUGUAAAUCCCAUUCAAUGGGCGCUAAAAGAGCAGUUGUUGGUAGAACAAAAACUUAUGAUCAAUUGUUAGCUGAAUAUCAUAAAGAACAUAAAACUAAGAUUGGUGCAGCUGCAGAAAAGCGUGCUCAACUACAAGAACAAUUGAAAAAGGAGAAAAUUAUUCAAAAGGAAAAGAAAAAGGCUCAACAAUCUGCUAGAAACAAGCAGAGAAAGAAUGCUUCAGCCAAUAGUAAAAAAAAUAAUAAGAAUGCAAAAGAUACUAAGAAUAGUAAAAAAGUAGAAGAAGAAAAUAUUCCAACAAUUACUCCAGAAGAAGAAACUACUCAGGUAUUAAAUGGUAUAUCUAGAUCUUUACCUUUGCCGUUAGAUGGUACUGUGCUUUCCUCUACAAGAAAGAGAACCAAAUAUUUUAGAAUGAGGGAAAUGUUUGCAUCAUCAUUUCCAGUUAAACCAGGCUAUUCAUCACCAGGUUAUGGUGCAAUUCACUCUCGUGUUGGUUGUUUAGAUUUGGAUAGAACCACAGACUAUAAAUUCCGUAUACGUAUUCCACAGCCAAUAAAUCAACAGUCAGGUCACUCUGAACAUCAUCAAAACUUAACUUCUCAACAAAUUCAAAAAUUACAACAGCAACAGCAACAACGAUUAAUGCAGGCACAGAUGAUGAAUCAACAACAUAAUAAUAAAAUUCCAAAUAAUACGAGUGUAAAUCAAGGUUCUAAACCUGUACAGGCGGGUAGAACUCCUGCCGAACUAGAGAGACUACAACAGCAACAGCAACAGCAGCAGCAACAAGUAAAGAAACAACAGAUGGAAACUUCUAAUUUUUCAGCAUCUAUCAAUACCCUUCCAAACACAAAUACAAAUAUAAAUACUUCCAAUAAUCAAACUGCUUUGAGCUCUCCAGGAAAUAUGAUUAACAGUAAUGUAGGAUCGCCAAAUGUAGCCAAUCAGGCCAUUGGUAGUCCCGUGAAUAUUGGCAUAAAACAGCCUAAUAGUUAG